GUGGUGGUGGUGGAGGCGGCGGCGGCGGCGGCGGCGGCGGUGGUGGAGAGUCGGCGGCCUCGUGAAGGCUGGAAGGAAGUUUUUGGUUCUCUCUCGAGGAAGAGAGGGAGAGAGAGAGAGGUAGGAUCUAAAGGGUGAAAGAAGAGAGAGAAAAAUAUAGAGACGGAAAAAGCGAGAAGAAGGAGAGGAGAAGAGGAGGAGAAGGAGGAGUGAAUCCAAAUCGCGAGGAGGUGGUCGACGGGCCCCUGGGAAGAAAAAAAGAAGAGAGAAAGAGGAGGAGGAGGAGGAGGAGGUGGAGGAGGAGGAGGAGGAGGAGAGGAGGUGACGGAAGAGAAGGACGUGUUCGCUGGUGGUAAGCGAAAACACGGUAUUCUCGAAAUUUUCGAGCUCCGUGGAGCCCUGGCAGGCUCGGGAACGAGCGCGGCUGCUAAAAUGGGCAACAAUGCCGCGACCGCAAACAAGAAGGUCGACGCCGCCGAGAGCGUCAAGGAGUUCCUCGACAAGGCGAAGAAAGAGUUCGAGGACAAGUGGAAGAAGAAUCCGACGAAUACGGCCGCACUCGACGAUUUCGAGCGAAUAAAGACGCUCGGUACCGGUUCCUUUGGCCGCGUCAUGAUAGUUCAGCACAAACCGACCAAGGAGUAUUACGCUAUGAAGAUAUUGGACAAGCAGAAGGUCGUUAAGCUUAAACAGGUCGAGCACACGCUCAACGAGAAGAGAAUACUGCAGGCUAUAAGCUUUCCCUUCCUCGUAUCUUUGCGUUUUCAUUUCAAGGACAAUUCGUAUCUUUACAUGGUGCUCGAGUACGUACCCGGCGGCGAGAUGUUCAGUCACCUGCGCAAGGUCGGACGUUUUUCCGAGCCCCAUUCCCGUUUUUACGCGGCACAGAUAGUCCUAGCUUUCGAGUACCUACAUUAUCUCGAUUUGAUCUACAGGGAUCUCAAACCGGAGAAUCUCUUGAUCGAUUCGCAGGGCUAUCUCAAGGUCACGGACUUUGGUUUCGCAAAGAGGGUACAAGGUAGAACGUGGACCCUGUGCGGAACACCGGAAUACUUGGCACCGGAGAUAAUAUUGAGCAAGGGAUACAACAAGGCGGUGGAUUGGUGGGCCUUGGGUGUUUUGGUAUACGAAAUGGCAGCAGGCUAUCCACCGUUCUUCGCGGACCAACCGAUACAAAUCUACGAGAAGAUAGUCCACGGAAAGCCGCGUUAUCCCUCGCACUUUGGCUCCGACUUGAAAGAUCUUUUACGUAAUCUACUGCAAGUCGAUCUGACCAAAAGGUACGGCAACUUGAAGGCUGGGGUAAACGAUAUCAAGGGACAUAAAUGGUUCGCGAGUACCGAUUGGAUAGCCGUCUUCCAAAAGAGAAUAGAAGCGCCCUUCAUACCGAAAUGUAAGGGUCCUGGAGAUACCAGCAAUUUCGACGACUACGAGGAGGAAACUUUGAGGAUCUCGGUGACGGAGAAGUGUGCCAAGGAGUUUGCCGAAUUUUGAAUGGGUAUCGUCAUCGUCGGGUCGAGAUCGGCUUUACUCGCUGUUGUAGUCGCCGUCACCACAAUCAACAUCACUACAACCGCCGCCGCCGCUGUCGCUGCUGCUGCUGCUGCUGUUGCUGUUGCUGUUGCUGUUGCUGUUGCUGUUGCUGGUAGAUCGCUGCUGCUGUCGUCAUCGUCGUCGUUGUUUUCUCAUCGACGAUGAUACUACCGAUCGAUGGUCGUCGUCGUCGUCGUCGUCGUCGUCGUCGUCGUCGUCAUCGUCGUCGUCGUCGUCGUCGUCAUCAUCGUCGUCGUCGUCGUCGUCGUCGUCAUCGUCGUCAUCGUCGUCAUCGUCGUUGUUAGGUUCUUCCGUGUCGAUCGUGAGACGACGAGGGGAAGUGCGUGUGUGCGUGCGACUAAUGGAAGUCAUGGAGUUCCAUGGAUCACAAGAUAUUGCGACCAGGUAUCGCAUAUUCGUAUUAACGAAGAAAAAGGAUAAAUAGAUUUAGGAUCACGAGAAUGGGAAAGGGGAAAGGGAAAGAAAGAGAGUAUAUAUUGAGAAAAAAAAGAAAAAAAAAAAAAGAAAAACAAAAAACAAAAAAAAGACAAAACGUGUCGAGCGGCGAAUCUUAUGAAACGAAUAAAAUAUAUUCUAUCUUCUUGCACAGAUAACUUUUACACGAGAGAUAAAUAAAAGUCUCGUACUUUUUUAGCCGGUCGAUAUAAUAAUAAUAAUAAUAAUAAUAAUAAUGAGUAAAUAAAUAAAUAAAUAAAUAAAUAAAUAAAUAAUAAUAUUAAUAAUAAUAAAAAAAUAAUAAUAAUUAUAGUAA